UGGGGGUGCUGUUUAUUUUACACGUUCUGGGAGAGUAUGUGCAAAUAUCUACAUUUUUCACGUGCACUGUGAUUAAUCAACCCUCGGACGAAUUGCGACGGCUGAUUUUGUGUCUUUAACUGAAAGGCAGGUGCAAACGGCACCGCUGUGAGCUACCAGCCGACAGGGAGAAUGGAUCCUUUGUGCUCCUGUAAACAUUUUGGAAAUGCUAGAUAGGAAAAAUGAUCACGCGAUAUCAUCUAUUCAGUAAUGCAAUUAUUGGAGCAUAUUCACAAAUCUGAAGGCUGACUCGGAGCCGGCCGGUCACCUUAUCAAAACUCUUUUCAACUUAGCAUUUCGUUGCAUCUGGGUCAUUUUGGCGUAUUGUGACAGUAGUCUGGUACUGGCCUUUCCCUUUCUGGUGUGCUGUCCCAAGUUUUAAACACAGUGUUAUCCAGUAUUGUAAUUUGAGUUAGAUCAAACAAAACAUAUUGUUUGGUUUUGGCACUUUAAACUUCAUUUUGCACUUGCUGUGCUCUCUCUAAUGGUCCAUCGUAAAAGCCAUUAACACGAUACCCAAAACGCAAAACUCUCUUUAAAUAUAGCAGUGUCCAUCACUUCAAUCCUGUUAUGAGCAGGGCAUGCAAUUCGCUGGGCUGAGUGAACACGCAAUUUAGUGCCUGCUCUUUGGGGUCUUUGUAAUUCAGGCCCACAGCACAUUCGGGUAAUUGCUGCCUUGUGCUCUUUAUGCAUGGAAAGAGAUGACGAUGAAAUGAAAAGCUACUUUUUGCUUGUUUUUAUUUGAUUUGAUUAGAUUUUUUUAUUUAUUGCAAGUAGAGUUCAACCCUGGUAGUAUGAAGAAAAUGAAAAGCUGGUUGAGUACCUUUUAUUAAGGAACUUGCAAGUCUUGAUUGAGCUUUGGGCUUAGGCUCUAUUGAUGGUUUCUUCAGGGUUUUUCUCACCGUAAACUUCUUCCAUGCUUUGUUCUGUUCGAAAGCAGCCGUAAAAAUUUCGACCGAACGUCUUCUAACAUGCUCGCUCAGCAACCAUAUUUCAGAUUUCGACAUGAAAGCGGUACUUCUGCUCAGGUACGUGAUGAUCAUCCUUUUGAAGUGAACACAGAUGCAUUAGCUCGUCUUGCACGAGGGCAGAGAACACGGAGGCACUUCCUCUAUUUCAGAACGAUCUCUGCAUUAACGAGGUGGCGCACGUGACCGAGCGCUUUCAGGGUUGAAAACGAGACGGAGCGUCUCAGUUGUUCGCGUGGAGGUGACAUCAUAGAAAAUUCCAGACAGGCUGAGACCGAAGCAGGUGUUGUGCCUGUGUCAGCGCUGACGGCAGGAGGUGGCUGGAGAACACAAGUAUCAUCCUGAGUGCUUUGUGUGUCUCAGCUGCAAGGUGGUGAUUGAGGACCGGGAUACCUACGCCUUAGUCGAGCGCACUAAACUCUACUGCGGGAAGUGCUACAAGCAGGUGAUUCUCACGCCCAUGCUGGAAAAGCGCUCGCACGACUCCGUCCCGGACUCCCUCCCCCACACGGUGACGCUCAUCUCCAUGCCUUCGGCGGCCAACGGCAAGAGGGGCUUCUCCGUGUCGGUGCUGCGGGACGUCAGCGGCUCGGCGAGUGUCCAAGUCAAAGAGGUCCGAGGGAUGCUCAUUAGUCCCGAGGUGCGGAACGCCAUCCACGUCGGAGACCGGAUCCUUGAGAUCAACGGCGUUCCGGUGGGGACGCUGCUGGAGGAAGAGGUGGACGACCUCAUUCAUCGCACCGGUCAAACGUUACAGCUGCUUAUAGAAUAUGACCCGGUGAGGCAACGUUUGGACCGCCUCCGUCUGGAAUCGUCCCGGGACGUCCUGGGAGCGCCGGCGACCUCCCGCAUGCGCUUGUCGUCGCCGUCCAACGCAGUACUGGAGAGAACCGAGGUGGACCACGGCACACUGAAGAGGAGAUCUUUGAGGCGAAGUAACAGCAUAUGCAAGUCGCCUGGGCCCAAUUCCCCGAAAGAGCAUCUUUUCAUUACCCGAGACAUCGGACGCUCUGAAUCUUUGAGGUCAUCCAGUAGCUGCUCUCAUCGCAUCUUCAGGCCGUGUGACCUGAUCCACGGCGAGGUUUUGGGAAAAGGCUUCUUUGGGCAGGCUAUCAAGGUGACUCAUAAAGCCACAGGAGAGGUGAUGGUGAUGAAGGAGCUGCUGCGCUGUGACGAGGAGACCCAGAAAACCUUCCUCCAGGAGGUCAAAGUCAUGCGGAGCCUGGAGCAUCCUCACGUCCUCAAGUUCAUCGGCGUACUGUACAAGGACAAGCGGCUCAAUUUGAUCACGGAAUUCAUUGAAGGAGGCACGCUGAAGGACUUCAUCAGAGACACUGACCCGUUUCCAUGGGAGCAACGGGUGAGCUUUGCAAAGAGCAUCGCAUCUGGCAUGUCCUAUCUUCAUUCAAUGAGCAUCAUACACCGAGACCUCAACUCUCACAACUGCCUGGUGAAACUGGACAACACUGUGGUGGUUGCUGACUUUGGGCUGUCCCGACUCAUCGUAGAAGAGAAAGUGAAGCCUUCGCCUGAAAAGAACUCCACCAAGAAGAGGGUGCUACGACGCACUGACCGGAAAAAACGGUAUACCGUGGUUGGAAACCCUUACUGGAUGGCCCCAGAGAUGCUGAACGGUAAACGCUACGAUGAGAAAGUGGACAUUUUCUCAUAUGGAAUUGUUCUUUGUGAGAUCAUCGGAAAGGUCUACGCAGACCCAGAAUGUCUCCCCCGAACUCUGGACUUUGGUCUGAAUGUGGGAAAGUUUGUGGAGAAGUUCCUCCCUGAAGACUGUCCGCCAGCGUUCUUUCCGCUGGCUGUGGCGUGCUGCGACCUCACACCAGACAACCGUCCGGCGUUCCAGAAGCUGGAAGACUGCUUCAAAGCGCUGUCCCUCAACCAGGAGCUGGGCAUCCCUCUCCCAUCCGAAUUAGACGAGCUCCAUCAGAGUCUGAGUCGGCUCCACUGGCCCAAAGACGGUUCCUCCCCGGCGCCGAGCCCGGAUGAGCCCCGCUCCCCCAAGACGGCCUCUCCGGACUGUUCCGGCACGUCACACAAUGGCACUUAGGACCCGCCCUCUUUUUCGAGCCACGUAACCCCUCUGACCUGCUGCACCAAUAUCACGGAACAGCGACAGGAAAAGCGUGAGGAUCCACAAAGCCUGCUGGGCCGCUCUAGUUUUGGUGGAGGAGAACAUUUCAGGACAACACUUGUUACUUUUGACACUUUUGUUCAUUGCACACAGGUCUUCUGCUUUAUGUUUACGGUGUAGAAAUGCAAGAAGCAUCUUGCUGUGGUUUGGUUCCAAACACCAAGUUGGUCACCCUUGAGGAGUCGGGGUGUAACUACACUUUAUUUUUGCAGAGGGAUUCCUCCCUCUCGCCGACGCUCGUCUGUCCAGUCUGAGGAAACAGAACGCAAGCCGCACCUGAAUUACUCGCAAAUGAUUUGCCUCAACGAGGUGGACUCUUGUGAUUGCACCACACAUUCAAGUCACGUAAAAAGGUUUUUUUUUUUCUAGAUUUUUUUUGCACUUUUUACCUUUUGUACCAGUUUCUCACGUUCUGUUUGUGUGUUGUUGUUAUUUUGCCAAACUAUCACCUAGGUCAUGUUUUCCAUACACUUGCUGCUGCAUUAUUGUUCUAAAAAGGGCUUGUUGAGACAUUAUGACCUUAAAACCGGUUUUGUGCUGCAGUACUGGAUUCAUUUUUUUAUGUUCUCAUCCAUUUAAUGUAGAUAUUGUACAUAAGGCUCAAUGAGUUUUUGUUUUUUUUAUCGGGAACCUUUAGAUUUUAGACAUUUCAAUUCACUGUAUACGUUGUUCUGCUAUUUUAUUAGCCACUGUAGUAGCGUCAAGGUACUGACAACUAUUACCACUAAUAUUUAAUAAUCAAUACUUUCCCUAAACUUCCCGCAGCUGCUUAGCUCAGUCAUUCUCGAGUUUGACGAUUGAGUUGUAGCUCAUUGUGGUGUUUGUGUUUUUUAACGGACAAAAUAAAACUUUCUUACAAGACCACAAAACUAAAAUGACAAUGUGUUCACAUAUAUAUAUAUAUAUAUACAUUUUGAGACUGGAUCAUACCACAUUUUAUUACUAUUUUCAUGUUUUACUUUCUGGAGUGAUAUACUGUGAUGCUCUUACUUUGCGUGUCAAUCUUUACUCAUUUAGAGUAAACAAAAAAUUAUAACGCAUCACUAUUGGUGAAGCGGUGUCGGUCAUUAUUAGUGGUUUUAAAAGUACUUUAUUGACCACUGAGCCUUGUCCAUUUGGUGUGUAUUUUUAUGUUUAGUCAUGAGGAAAUGUUUCACUAAAUAUAUGCUUUGUUAUGGAAUAUGUUUCUAGAGUCUUCUGAUUGAAUUUUUGUGAUUUUCAUACUAAAUGUAACUUGAAAUCGUUUUUUUCCAACUUACAAAAAAAUAAAAAAUCUCAGGCCACGCAAAUGUGUAGCUUUGAAUAACCACCAGGGGGCGUUACAGGGUUCCAUGUUGAAUAAUCAUUCAGUCUGUAUGAAUUUAGAUGAAAUUAAACGUUCCAGUUUCCA